AUGAAGCUCAUCCAAGUCCUCCCCGCCCUCCUACCAGCCGCCCUGGCCCAAACCAGCUGCGACCAGUGGGCAACCUUCUCGGGCAACGGCUACACGGUCAGCAACAAUCUCUGGGGAGCAUCCGCGGGCUCUGGCUUCGGCUGCGUGACGGCGGACUCGCUCAACGGCGCCGCCUCCUGGCACGCGGACUGGCAGUGGUCCGGCGGCCAGAACAACGUCAAGUCGUACCAGAACGUCCAGAUCGACAUUCCCCAGAAGAGGACCGUCAACAGCAUCGGCAGCAUGCCCACCACCGCCAGCUGGAGCUACAGCGGGAGCGACAUCCGUGCUAACGUCGCGUAUGACUUGUUCACCGCAGCGAACCCCAAUCAUGUCACGUACUCGGGAGACUAUGAACUCAUGAUCUGCUGGACGCUCUACUAUGGCUACAACGGAGCCAUGCAAGUCUAUUCCUUUGUGGCACAAACCAACACCACCAGCUACAGCGGAGAUGUCAAGAACUUCUUCAACUACCUGCGAGACAAUAAAGGAUACAACGCUGGAGGCCAAUAUGUCCUCAGCUACCAAUUUGGUACUGAGCCCUUUACUGGCAGCGGAACUUUGAAUGUUGCAUCUUGGACGGCCUCUAUAAACUAG